AUGAGGAAACCAACCCAAGUACUAGCUCACCUCGCCGGCGCGGCCGCACUCUUCUUGCUGGCAGCCGCCAUCCCGGCAACGACUGUUGCGGUGCUGCCCUCAGAGGCCGAUGCCCUUCUGGCAUGGAAGGCAAGCCUCAUCGACGCAGCCGCGCUCUCCAGCUGGACCCGGGCCACACCCGUAUGUGACUGGCAUCGGGUGCACUGCGACAACAAAAGCGCCGUGGUGGAACUAAGACUAUAUAGACUCGGUCUAUCGGGCGGGCUCGAUACGCUCGACACAGUGGCGUUCCCGGCGCUCGCCUAUCUGGACCUUAGCAUCAACCACCUUGGCGGCGCCAUACCGGCCAGCAUCUCGCGUCUGCGCUCCCUCGAAUCACUCGACCUCAGCAAUAACGGCUUCAACGGCUCCAUCCCGCCGCAGCUCGGUGACAUGCCCAACCUCCUCUCCCUCAGGCUCGACAACAAUAGCCUCGUCGGCGCCAUUCCACGCCAACUCUGCAGCCUCUUCUCCAUGAAGUAUCUGCAUAUGUCAAACAACCAGCUCAGCGGAGGGCUCCAGAACUGCUUGUGCAAUCUCCAGAAUCUCCUGGUCAUACACCUGAGAAACAAUCGGCUCACCGGGGAGCUCCCGGACUGUUGGUGGAACCUGCAGUCCAUGAAUCUGUCAAACAACUCCUUCUCAGGUGAAAUCCCUGCGGCUAAGGCAAACCAUAAUUGCUCUCUCUUUACACUAUACCUCGCCAGAAAUGCCUUUGUUGGAGACGUCCCACUUUUAUUGGGUUGUACCUGGCUGGUCGCCCUCGACAUCAGCAGCAAUAGAUUCAACAGCUCCAUUCCGCCGCAGCUCAAUGACAUGCGCGGCCUCAACGACCUUCGUCUCCACAAUAACAACCUCGUCGGCAACAUCCCACACCAGCUCUGCAGGCUCAUCUCCAUCACGGUACUAGAUUUGUCGAACAACAGGCUCACCGGGGACCUCCCAGACUGCUGGUGCAACUUCCAGGUUCUGUUAUUCAUGGACCUAUCCAACAACCGGCUCACCGGGAAGCUCCCAGACUGCUGGUGGAGCCUAGAGGCUCUGCUGUUCAUGGAUCUAUCCAACAAUUACUUUUCAAGUAAAAUCCCGGCACCUGUGGCAAACCACAACUGCUCUCUUAGGUCUCUUUACCUCGCCAGAAAUGGCUUCGGUGGUGCCUUCCCGCCGGUUCUAGAGGGUUGCAACUCGCUAUCCACCCUGGACAUCGGGAACAACAUGUUCUUUGGUGUUAUCCCUCCAUGGAUUGGGAGUCAGAUCCCAUUAUUGAGAAUCCUUAGCCUCAGAUCAAACAAUUUUACUGGAGAAAUUCCUCCGGAAUUAUCACGGCUUUCGCAACUUCAGCUGCUUGACAUGGCAAACAAUAGCUUGACUGGCUCCAUUCCGGUAUCCUUCGACAACUUGACUUCCAUGAAGCAUCCACAAGAUCCAUCGACUACGGGACUGCUCAGCGACUGGAAGUACAAUGAUAGAAUCGACAUAAUAUGGAAGGGCAAGGUGCAGAAAUUCCGAAGAGCAAUCCGGUUAUUAGCCGGCAUUGAUUUAUCAGACAAUUUGCUAUCACAAUGCAUCCCCGAAGAGUUAACCAACCUUCAAGGCCAUCUGUUCAUAAACCUAUCAAGAAACCAUCUGUCGUGCCGCAUUCCCCAAGGCAUUGGUAGCCUCUCUUUUCUUGAGAUCCUUGAUCUAUCAUCUAAUCAACUUUUUGGAAACAUUCCUCAAAGCAUCACACGAUUAUCAGGGCUCAACACGUUAAAUGUCUCGAACAAUCUUUUGUCGGGCAAGAUACCCACCGGGAAUCAGAUUCAGACCCUGACUGACCCAUCAAUUUACUCCAACAAUUCUGGGCUCUGUGGAUUUCCUCUAAACAUUUCAUGUACGAAUACUUCGCUUGCACCGGAUGAGAGAAAUGGUGAACAGGAGGACCACUGGAUGUACUACUGUGUGAUUGCUGGGAUUGUGUCUGGUCUCUGGUUGUGGUUUGGGAUGCUCUUUACAGUUAAAUCCUGGAGAUGUGGUUUUCUUUCCUUUGUUGAUGGCAUGCAAUGUAAAAUUAUGAAAAAGUUGUGA